UCCUCGAAAACAUGCUCUGGAUUUUAAAAUUGCAGAGGAGUUCUGUUUUUACAUGCUCUCAGAUUCAGCAUCCCAGUUCUUUGUGGCAUACCCGCACCACUACAGUUUCAUAUUGGAUGAACCAAACAGAUGUCGGCAGGAAAGCCCAUUCUUGGUUCUUAUGAUCCCAGUCGCACCCCAUGAGAGAGAGGCCCGUGACAGAAUCCGCAACACAUGGGGCAAUCAAACCACAGUGCUGGGCCAAGUGGUCAGCCAUUACUUCCUGCUGGGACUGUCCAGAGAGGACGAUGGGAAAGAGAAGCUUCAGGAGCAAGUGUUACAAGAAAGCCAGAUACAUCAGGACAUUAUCCAGAGUAACUUCUUGGAUAGCUACAACAACCUGACCAUUAAAACCAUGGUCAUGUUUGAAUGGCUCAGCUCCCAUUGCCCCACCACCUCCUAUGCCAUGAAAGUCGACUCAGACAUAUUCCUUAAUGUCCACAAGCUCACUGACAUGCUUUUGACAGCCCCCCGACAUCUCUACAUGACAGGAUUAGUGAUAAGGUGUGGUGUUGUUGUUCAAGACGAAAGCUCAAAGUGGUAUCUGCCUGGUUCAGCCUUCCCAGAGGGCUAUUACCCACCAUAUGUCAUGGGUCUGGGCUAUGUGUUCUCAAUGGAUCUACCCCAAAAGAUAGUGGAGGCAUCUCUGCAUGUUAAAGCUGUUUACAUUGAAGAUGUGUACGUGGGACUGUGUAUGAGUUACCUUGGAAUCGAACUGACAGAUCCUCCUCAUGCUGGACUGUUUAGGGCAAUGAUACCUUAUUUUACAUACAACUGUUACUGGACCUCUGUCAUUGCAGUGAUUCUACAAGACUCACAGCAGCUUUCAGAUGUAUGGAGAGUAUAUCAGACUCAAGUACAAAGUGGUUGUUGA